AUGGGACUGGGGAAGACUCUACAGGCUAUCUCUCUUUUGAGUUAUCUCAAAAUAUGUCGGAAGUCCCCUGGUCCAUUCUUGGUGUUGUGCCCUCUUAGUGUGACUGAUGGUUGGGUGUCUGAAGUGGCCAUCUUUGCUCCAAAACUGAGACUGAUUCGUUAUGUUGGAGAAAAAGAACAUAGACGUAAACUGCGUUGUGAAAUGCAUGAAUAUGUCAACAAGAUGCAUGUCCCAGUAUUGCCAUUCGAUGUGCUUUUGACAACUUAUGACAUAGCAUUGAUUGAUCAGGACUUCCUCUCGCAAUUCCAAUGGCAUUACACAAUAAUUGACGAGGCACAGAGACUCAAGAAUCCUUCCAGUGUUCUAUAUGCCGUUCUAAGAGACCGGUUUAUCAUGCCACGAAAAUUGCUAAUGACUGGAACACCCAUUCAGAACAAUCUCGCCGAGCUUUGGGCUUUGAUGCACUUUUGUAUGCCUAUGAUUUUUGGAAAGCUAGAGCAGUUUUUAUCUUACUUCAAGGAAGCUGGAGAUCCUUCAUGUCAAGAUGCAGCAAAAAAGAAAGAACAAUUUAAGAUCUUAAAAUACGUGCUUGGGGCAUUCAUGCUUCGGAGGACCAAGUCUAAACUUAUGGAGUCUGGAACUCUGCUGCUGCCCCCUGUUACCGAAAUUACUGUAAUGACUCCUUUGACUUCUCUACAGAUGAAGGUUUAUGUAUCUAUACUGAGGAAGGAACUCCCCAAGUUGGUUUCACUUGCUUCGGGAGCUUCUAAUGCACAGUCGUUGCAAAAUAUUGUAAUUCAGCUUCGGAAAGCAUGUAGUCACCCAUACCUUUUCCCAGGUAUUGAGCCCGAACCGUAUCAGGAAGGCGAGCAUCUGGUUCAGGCUAGUGGUAAACUUCUAAUUUUGGAUCAGCUACUUCAGAAGCUAUACGACUCUGGGCAUCGUGUUCUUCUGUUUGCUCAGAUGACUCAUACACUCGAUAUAUUACAGGACUUUUUAGAAAUGAGGAAAUUCACUUAUGAGCGUCUUGAUGGUUCAAUUCGAGCAGAGGAGAGAUUUGCUGCAAUCAGAAGUUUUAGCAAAAAAUCUGCAAUAAAAACUGCUGCUGAUGAUGAUAACGAACAGAUUAAACCAUUUGUCUUUUUGAUCUCUACACGAGCUGGGGGAGUGGGCUUAAAUCUUGUGGCUGCUGAUACAGUCAUAUUUUACGAGCAAGAUUGGAAUCCCCAAGUGGAUAAGCAGGCCCUGCAGCGUUCACACAGAAUCGGCCAAAGCAAUCAUGUACUGUCCAUUAAUUUGGUCACUGGGCGUACAAUCGAGGAGGUUAUCAUGCGUAGAGCACAAAGGAAGUUACAGCUGAGUCAUAAUGUCAUAGGCGACAACGACGCAGAUCAUGAGAUAAAUAAUAAUGGAGGAGCUGAAGCUGGUGAUCUGAAAUCUAUCGUGUUUGGUCUGCAUGUUUUUGAUCCUAUGGAAAUGAAAAAUGCAAAAUCAGACGAUCAAUUAAAUUCAGGGGAAAUGAGUGCUUUGGCUGAAAAGGUCAUUGCCUCCCGCCAAGAUUUACAGUCGGAUGGUAAAGACAUAGUCAUGAAUGAGGAUAUUCAACCUAUCGACUUUAGUACCACACUCAAUGAGGCUUCAUAUAUUUCGUGGGUGGAAAAGUUCAAGCAAGCGACACCUGGUGAUGGGGGUGAUAUACUGGAAUCAGGAAAUAGGAGACGAUUGCCUGAUGAGAAGAACGUUAAAUCCGAAGCUUCCCGCAAGAAGGCUGAGGAGAAAAAGUUAUCUAAAUGGGAAGCUCAAGGAUAUCAUUCAUUGUCUGUCAGCAUCCCAGAGGGGCCCACGGAGCACGAUGUGAUGUCAAAUUCUGGUUCAGUUCAUUUUGUUUAUGGGGACUGCACGGAUACUGCCACAGUUUGUCCAUCAGAACCUGCUAUUAUAUUCAGCUGUGUUGAUAAUUCUGGAAACUGGGGUCAUGGAGGCCUGUUUGAUGCUCUGGCCAGGCUGUCACCUGCAGUUCCAAAUGCAUAUGAGCGAGCUUCAGAAUUUGGGGAUCUCCAUCUGGGUGACCUACAUCUCGUACAAAUAACUGAGGACAACAGUCACCUGAGUACUCAGACUAAUGCUCCCCAAUGGGCAGCUUUAGCUGUUGUGCAGUCAUACAAUCCUAGGCGUAAAGUCCCCCGCAGUGGCAUCUCUAUCGAUGAUUUGGAACUUUGUCUUGCAAAAGCAUCGUUUUCAGCUUCUCAACAUUCAGCUUCGAUCCACAUGCCACGGAUUAAUUAUCAAGGCACUUCAGAUCGUUCAGAAUGGUACACUGUCGAGCGCCUUCUGCGAAAAUAUGCUGCUAUGUACAGCAUGAAUUUCUAUGUUUAUUAUUACCGACGUGCGGCUUGA